CCAGAUUGGGGACCCUCUGACCGGUAAAGAGAUUUCCUCUUGUGGUUACUAACCUGCUGUGGGCAUCACAGGCCCCCAGUGUCCAGCAUUUCUCAGGAUCGGCGCUUGAAAUCCUACUGGCGGCUGGCUGAAGGUCCCGGGAUACCACCGCCCAACGGGGCCGAUGGACAGCAGGCCGGAGGCCGCUCCGCAGUCGGAGCAGCAGAAGCUCCAAGCGAACGUGCGGCUGCUGGAGGAGCUGGAGCGCGAGCUGGGCCGAGCGCGGGCGCAACGGAAGCAGCUGCAGGAGGACAACGCACAACUGCAGGCGGAAGCGCAACGGCUCCGAGCCGAGAGCCGGGCUCUGCCGGCCCUCCUGGCCGGCCGGGCCCGGCGGGCCCAAGGGGAGCCCCUGAGCCUGUGGGACCAGCACCGGCGGCAACUGGAGGAGAUCCGGGGGCAGAGGCGGGAGCUGCUCGACGACUACGAGGCCCGGGGGGCGGCUCUGCGGGCCCAGCUGCUGCGACGGGAGGCGGACCUGGCCCGGCUCCGCCGCGAACUCCAGGCUCUGGAGCCCGUGAGGGGGCUGAAGGAAAGGCAGUCGCGGCGGGUGCGGCGGCUCCAGCGGGAGGAGCGGGAGGUCAGAGCCGAGACGGCCGCACGACUCCUGGAGGCCCGGGGCCGGUUCCUGCGGGAGAAGGAGGCCCUGGAGAGACGGGUGACGAGGGCGGGCCCGGGGCCGGGAGGAGAGGAAGCGAGCGCGAGGCAGGGGGAGCGGGCCCUGGAACUGGAAGCGGAGCAGGCCGUCCGAGAGCUCGCUCAGCGGCUCCAAGGCGAGAACCACCGUCUGCGGGAGCAGCUGCUGCAGCUGGUGCGGCAGGCCCGGGCGCUGCAGGCCCGUCGGGAAGGGCUGCGGGAACAGAAGCGGCGGCUGGAGCGGGAGCGCUGGUGCCUGGAAGCCGCUACCCGAGGGAGACGGCGUCUCUGGGAGAGAUCCAGCCUCCGUCUGAGAGGGCAGGGCCGUCAGGGGCCGUGCUUUCCGUCCCGUCCACCAAACAAGGGUCAACCCGUCGUCACCGACCCGAUAGUCACCCUGGGCCUCCCUGCUUACGGUGCUGUCCCGGGCUGCUUUUCAUUCAACAGACCCCAGGCAAAUUUGGUCAAGACGCUCGUGACAGGGAAAGCUCAGAGCAUCACUUGA